UUCUGACAUGUGGACCUGCACUGUAUAUAGAUAAAAAAAGCUGAUCAGACUGUUUUCCUCCGGCCUUUGUGUUUUUUCUUAUUUUUACUGUUGUGAAAAUUGUUUUUCCAUUUUAAUUAAAUGGCCUGGUCACGUUAUCAGCUGAUCCUUGCGGUGACCAUGGUGGUCACGGGAUCGAUUAAUACCCUCAGCACGAAAUGGGCUGAUAAUUUGGAAGCUGUGGGGGCAGAUGGACAAGUACGGGCAUUUUCGCAUCCCUUUGUGCAGGCAUGUGCAAUGUUUAUCGGGGAAAUGCUGUGUUUGCUCACCUUCAAAGUUAUUUAUCACAAUUUAAAGAGGCGAAGGGAUGGCUCCGAGGAUACGCAUGAGCUCACAAAGGGCAACAGAGACUUCAACCCAUUCAUCCUGUUUGUUCCAGCAAUGUGCGAUAUGAUUGCCACAUCCGUCAUGUAUAUUGGACUCAAUCUCACCUAUGCGUCCAGCUUUCAAAUGUUCCGGGGGUCUGUUAUCAUUUUCGUGGGGGUGCUCAGUGUGGCAUUCCUCAAUCGUGUUCUCAAAGGUCGUGAGUGGACGGGAAUUGUCUUUGUCAUCAUUGGGCUGGCAAUAGUGGGGCUGUCGGACUUUUUAGCGAAUGACGGUGGCAUUGAUCACUCACGGAAUAACGUUAUAACUGGAGAUCUAUUAAUCAUCACAGCUCAAGUAAUAACAUCCGUACAAAUGGUGUAUGAGGAGCGAUUUGUAGCUGGAUUGGAUAUUCCCGCGCUUCAAGCGGUCGGUUGGGAGGGUUUCUUUGGGUUUAGCGUUCUCGGUACACUCCUCAUCCCCUUCUACUUCAUCCACGUUGGGCCACCAUUCAACAAUAAUGCCCGUGGUACGCUUGAGGACUUUUUCGAUGCCCUCAUACAAAUUCGAAAUAAUUGGCAAUUAGUCUUUGCCAUCACGGGAACAAUCAUCUCAAUUGCAUUCUUCAAUUUUGCCGGAAUUAGUGUGACCAAAGAGAUUUCAGCCACCACCAGGAUGGUACUUGAUUCAGUAAGAACAUUGGUGAUAUGGCUUGUGGCACUUACAGUUGGAUGGCAACAAUUUCAUGCUCUUCAGAUUCUCGGCUUUGGGGGCUUGCUUUUUGGCAUGUGUCUGUACAACAAUGUUUUCGUCUUCCAAUGCUGGUCAGCUGUGCGGGCAUUCUACAUGCGAAGACGCUAUGGCUACCAGGAAACGGAAGGAAUUGUAUCAAUAAGUGCCGAUGAUCCUCAAAUUGCAUAAUAUCAUUGCAUAUAGCCAAAAGGGUCAGCAGCCCAUCCCAUUUUCUUUGUCAUCCACAUAACAUUCUGAUAUUUUACAUAACAUAUAAGGAGAGUCUCAUGGCAUUAUGUGAAAGGCUGUAUACCAAUUUAUUAUUUUGUGGGAAAUAAACCAUAAUCUUACAUUUUAAAAAA